UCGUUAUGGGAGCUGCGCUGCGUCGGCACAGAUAAGAUGAGCAUGUUAGCGUUUCGGCAUGAAGAGAACACGCCGCGGAGAGCGAAUGGUGGGCAAUAGUGCUGAAAGUACGCGGCCCGUUAGUCACAUAAGGUUUAUUUCGUUCAGUCGAGAAUAAAUGGACGGACAACGAAUGAUCAUAUUCCCAAACCACUUGUCAUCUGGGGAGACGACUUAUUGGAAAUAAUGGGGAAUACGACUCCCAAACCGCUCAUCGAUGCGAACUUGCAGCACCGUUCAGUGGUCAGCCGGCAGUACUACACGUUGCCCGGCAAUGGCGUGGAGCGGCGCACGUCGGCGCCCCCGGCCUCCUCGCUGGCCCCGGAGCCACCCCGCUUCCACCCGCAGGCCAAGGGCAAGAACAUCCGCCUGGACGGCCAGCUGCGGCGCGCCACGCGCAAGAACAGCUUCUGCAACGGCAUCACCUUCAGCCAGCGGCCCGUGCGGCUCUACGAGAAGGUGCGCCUGCGCCUGUCGUCCGUGCACAGCGGCUGGAGCGGCGCCCUGCGCUUCGGCUUCACCAGCCUGGACCCCGGCGAGCUCGCCUCCGCCGACAUCCCCAAGUACGCCUGCCCCGACCUGGUGACGCGGCCGGGCUACUGGGCCAAGGCGCUGCCCGAGAGGCUGGCCACGCGGGACAACGUGCUGGCCUUCUGGGCCGACCGGCACGGACGCGUCUUCUACAGCAUCAACGAGGGCGAGCCGGUGCUCUUCCACUGCGGCCUCAGCGUAGGCUGCCCCCUGUGGGCCAUCAUCGACAUCUACGGCAUCACACAGGAGGUCACGCUGCUCGAGAGUACGUUUGCUGAGAGCGUUGGUGCCAGCUGCCUGAGCGCGGUGCGUCUGAGCGCCUACCUGCCGCAGAGCAGCCACGACUCGGCCAACUACAGCAACAACCAGCUGGAGAGCAGCCAGGCGGCGGCCGCCAAGAUGGCCUCCCUGCAGCUGGGCACCCCCUACAACCAGCUCAUCCCCUGCUGCUCCUCCUCGCCCUCCUCCUCCUCCGCCCUGAACAAUCCUACCUCAUCCGCGCCUCCCUGCUCCUCCUCCGCCCCUCCGUCCUCCUCCGCCAACCCGUCCUCCGCGGUGCCCACCACCCCUCCUCCCCCUCCGCUGAGCCUCUCCUCGGCUGGGCCGAGGCUGAUGGCACCCCCCUCCUCCUCCUCCUCCUCCACCCCCUACACCUCCUCCUCCUCCCCCCGCGCCCCCCUGGCGGCCUCUCCGCCGCCGCUGGACUCGGACCUCCACUUCCACCCGGUGCGCGGCUCCGACGUGGUGCUGUCGGUGGACCGCACAGCCGCCUGCGUGCACUUCCUGGACGGCAGCCGCACGCUGGUGUUCAGCGACCGGCCGCUGCGGCCCGGCGAGACGCUGUACGUGGAGGUGGGCCACCUGGGCCUGCCCUACCUGGGCGCGCUGCUCUUCGGCAUGACCUCCUGCGACCCCGCCUCCCUGCAGGCCGCCGACCUGCCCGCCGACCCCAACCAGCUGCUGGACCGCAAGGAGUACUGGGUGGUGUACCGCGGCUUCCCCAUGCCCUGCUCCGGAGACGUGCUCAGCUUCUGCCUGCUGCCCAACGGCGAGGUGCACCACGGGGUCAACGGCGGCGCCCGCGGCAGGCUCCUGUGCGUGGACUCGUCCCAGCCGCUCUGGACGUUCUUCACCCUGCACGGCGCCGUGAACCGUCUCAGGAUCUUGGGCACUCUACAGGCCAGCCCACCUCUCAGCUCGCCCUCCAUAUCCCAGAGCAGCUCCCCUGAAGACAGCGACUCAGACCUGGCCUUCAGCGUCAACCGCUCCUCCUCCGCCUCCGAGUCCUCACUGGUGACGGCGCCCAGCUCCCCGCUCAGCCCCCCGGUCUCGCCCACCUUCCUCUGCCCGGAGGUGCUGCCCCCUGGUGGCAAUGGCGGCAGCAAGAGCGGCGAGUGCACCGUCUGCUUCGACCAGGAGGUGGACACGGUCAUCUACACCUGCGGACACAUGUGCCUUUGCCACGAGUGUGGCCUGAAGCUGAAGAGACAGAUCAACGCCUGCUGCCCCAUCUGCAGACGGCCCAUCAAGGACGUCAUCAAGACCUAUCGCCCUUAAGGGGGAUCAUGGCAGCUGCCCUGCAUGGUGGGCUUCUCUUGGUGUUGGACAAGAGCCUAGAGCUGAAGCCUGAUGGUUUGGGAGUUUGUAAUUUCAGGGUAUGCAAGCUCCUUUCCUGUUCAAGCUACACAUCUCUGGCUGGGGGAAGUGAAUAACCGGUGUUCUCCUGCAACGUCAUUCAUGACUGUUGAUGAGCAAGUCAUCUUACCCCACAUUGCUUCAGCUUCAAUUAAGAGGAGGAGGGGGUUAUGAGGCAUUUGGUUGUAGGGGCCAUCUCUACACGAAAGGGAGGUCUGAUCCAGCUCUGUUAAUCCAGCUUUGGCUAAUGAACUAUGGAUUUAUAUAAAGCGGCCUCACUUGCAACCACCAUGUAAAAACAACGCGCCCUACCAUCGUCUGCCCUGCUAAAACUGUAACGGCCUCUGGGAGAAAGAACUGUUUCUUGGUGCCGUUGGUCAAAAGUGGACAGAUUUCAGCUGGUCAGAGAAAGCCGUGGACGCUUGAUCGGCAACAAGGGGAAGGCAUGAGGCAUCUUCUACCCAGGAUUUUAAAAAAAACAUUUUAGUGCCUUUGAUUAUGGAACUCUGUCCUUGAAGCAGCACAUAAUGUCAAGACGCGACAAUCAUACUAUUUUCCCUAUGUUUCAUGUAUAUAUUUUCUGUCAUUUUCUUCUUUCCUUUCAAUGAAAGUGUUUUGAAUGGACUUAGUAAGAGAGAACUGAACAAAAAACGGGCAUCUGCCGAGGGGGACACCCAUGCUGGGAAAAUGUAAUUCAGAGAAGGAUUUUUUUAAAAAGUCAGAGUUGGCACUCGAGUGUCAAAGGAAGGCUGGCAUGUUGAUUGCACUUUUGAAUAGCUUGACGCAGAAGUCAGACAAGGAUAGCAAACAUGGAAAAGAAGCCUGUUUCUGGUUGUGGUUUUAAUAUAUAAUAUAUAAAUAUGGUUAUGUUCAAUUAAAUGAUUAUGUAAACCAAUCUGUACGUUUCAAAUUGUAUGACCGUGUAAAAUAUAUACAUGUUCAUUUAUACAUGUUACCAUAAUUGAGUUGUGUAUUUUCUGACUAUAAAGACGACUGCUGCACUCUU